CUGUACUCAGUGCGUCAGCCUUUCUUCACAUUCUAUUUCCAAGCCUCGUCUCCGCUGCUUCCGUCUCGCUCAAUCUUCUCAUUCACGAUUAUUCCGUGCUUGUUUUAGUUUUCUCGGAUCAAUAGCCGUGAGUGAGCUAACGGGUUCAGUUUGCGCCGCCAUCAAAAAACAUUCCCUCCGGCCAGUCGAACGCGGCCGAAGGCCGGCGACGAGCACCUACCUCCACCGAACGAAGCUCAUUGUGGGCGAAAGCGCGUGCACUCUUGUGGUCAAUUAGCGCAUGAGUAAUUAGACAGUCAAAGUCAGAACAGUCUCGAGGUCACAAUGUCUUAUUACGGAGCCCCCGGUUCCUAUGGCAAUAUCCCUCCUGGAUAUGCUGGUUAUCCUCCACAGUCCAGCUCUCCUCCUGGCGCAGCACCCGGAAUUGGCGGCGGUCCUCCCGGCGGCACGAUAGUACCUGGCCAGCAUCCACUUCCCGCACGUCCUGGUGGUUACCCCCCCAACUUCCAAAUCCCGCCGAACAUGCCAAAGUUUGAUAUGAACGCAUCCGUCAUAAGGCUUGGUACUUCAGGUUCUCAGAAGGGAGGCGACGGGAUUAGUAUCUCUGGAGGGCCCAGCUCACGUGGAGUGGGCAACGAUGGUAUGGGUGGUGCUUCACGUCGCGCAGGGCUGGGAAUGGAGCGAAACCUUGAGCAACAGAGGCAACAGAUUCGAGAGAGCAUGCAGGCUCUCCUGCCACCAAAGACAGAUGAAGUUCUGAAAACCAUUUUCGUGGGUGGCAUCACAGAGGGAUGUGGUGGCGAUGCAGGAAUCGAGUCCAUUUUGAGAGCAGCAGGUAGCUUGAGGAAGUGGACGAGAGCAAUCGAUGCUGAUAACAAGCCCUGUACAUUUGGCUUCGCCGAGUACGAGGAUUCGGAGAGUUUGGAGACCGCAGCAGAGGUACUUAAGGACGUAUAUGUACCGGUUAAGAAGCAGCAACCGAAGAAAAAGGACGAAGAGGGCAAUGUUGAAAAUGGAGACGCGGAAGAAGAGGUGGAAAGGGCGAAAUUAUUGGUAGUUGUAGAUGACGCCUCUAAAGAAUACGCUGAGAACUGGGCACAGCAGCGCGGCGACACUGAGGACGACAAGCGCUUUCGUCUGGAUGGCGCACGCGAAGCUCUCAACAACGUGUUGGCUCGUCUCUUUAAUCCUAUUGAUGACCACGAAUUCGAAGGCGCCAUUGCAGCACAGGACAACGCCGCUCAAACACAAGAUCCAAUUACGGGCGAGGUCAUCACCAUUCCACUAGCGCAGACCGAGGAUGAGCUUUCUGACAUUCCUGCGGAGAUGCGAGAGACAGUGGCUGCAGAGAUUGCGGCAUUUAGAGAACGCAGUAACAGACGUGACCUGGAGAGACUGAAGAGAGAGGAAGAGAUUGAAUCGAAAGACAGAUAUGGGGGUCGAGCCGGGUCUUCUUCGACGGUUCCUACCGCUCCAGCAGGCGUAAAUGGUGUCCCAGUUGGUCCGAAAGGUAUUCAAGGGGCUCCAAGCGGACCGAAGGGUUUGAGAGGAGUUCAGAUCCCCAAAGACUAUCAGAAUGGAGUGUCCUUCGUUAGCAACUCUAAUGAGUUGGAGAAGUAUCUCAACAGUGUGGACGAAGACACGGACGCUAGUGAUGGUGAGCUCGAGAAGCGCCGUCGCGAGAAAAAGAUCGCGGACGAAGAGAAGGCAUACUUAGACUAUGAGAGAAGGUGGCUGAAUCGCGAACGCGCACGUGCAGCAGCACUCGAGCGUGAGCGCAAGAAGGAUGAAAAUGAGGCGAGACGUGCCGAGGAGAGUCGAGCAAGCAUGGCGAGAAUGUUGAGGGAGUGGAACGAUGACGUAGAGGCGAGAAGGAAGACGUCCGAAUACUACGCCGAUCGCGUAGCUUGGGCUAAGCACCGCCAAGUUAUUCGAGCGCGAGAGAUCCAAGCAGAUGACAAUGAUCGUCGCGAGGAGGAGAACGAGAAGAGAGCUCAACAGAAUGCCGAAGCGCAGGCUCGUGGAAUGGCGGACGAGUUCUUGGAUCGACAAGCUGAGGAGCUUGGCGCAAAGGGGAUUGGUGCGACCAAACCAGCUUUCAAGAUCUCUCUUGGAGCAGCCGCACAGAAAGCCCGCCAGGCUGCGGAGGCGCCUAAGCGUAAGGCAGCUGCUGAUGUGGAGAACUUGCUCGAUGCAGAUGAGGGCAGUGCAGGCGAUGCGAACAAGCGUACUCUGAUCCCCAUCUCAUUUGACACUGCUGCAGAAGCAGCUGCACUCACGGAUGAAGAGCGCUCUGAAGCACGUCGCCAAUUGGCCUUCAGCAUCCCGCAUGACAAGGACGGCCUGUUUGAGUGGUCUAUCAAAUGGGACUCACUUGCUUCUGAGAUAGUGGAGGAACGUCUGCGACCCUUCGUGGAGAAGAAGAGCAUGGAGUACCUGGGUAUGGUGGAGGAGCUGAUGUGGGAUGUGGUGCGGAGCACAUUGGACAAGCACGAAGGACCUUCACGAUUGAUGGAGGAAUUAGAAGGCCUGCUGGAAGAUGAAACGGAAGGUUUCGUGAAGAAGUUGUGGAGAAUGGUCAUUUUCUAUUCGGAGAGCGAGGCCAGAGGGUUGGGUGGUGACGGUGUUGCUUAGGGUGUAUGCAGAUCUCAGUGGCUGCGCAGUACGGCUUAAACAGGGUUGUGGCCUAGCGUUAUCUCUGAGCAGAAGCCAGCCUACGCUGCUUCAGCAAUGUCUCCCCAUGUUGGAAUGCGGAAUGUUGCUGCAGACGGACAUUUCACCUCCAGACGAGAUAGACUCGAACCUCGAAGGCACACAUUUAUCCAGCCUCACACUGGUACGGAGAAAUGCUUUGGGCCGAACGAAUGCAUUAUACUAGCCACUACUGGUAACAUGGUCUUUAAAUGAUGAAAAUUACCCUAAGUAGUCUAUUGUCAUAGCAAAGUGACGAUGCUGCGUGGAAAAGAUCAUAAUCAAUCCGUCGCUUGCUUACUCUACC